GAAUAAGUUCUCUGAUGUUGUUUAAUAUCUACUUACUUUCCAUGAAAAUAUUGAGUCUUUCUUGGUCUUCCUCCUCGGUUCAAAAAGGUUAUAUGUUUCAUAUGUAGGACUUGGACUACUUUAAUGAUUAUCUACCUACUCACAGCACUUCUGAACUACGCCAGCACGACUUCAACUGAACUACAAUAUAUUGCCUCUACCUGAACUACAAAAAUGAAGAAUAAAACUACCAAGGAUGGCUACACUUUGCUCACGAUGGGGCCUUUCUCUGUGCCUGGAGCCCGAGCCCAAAAUUGGCGACCACUUUUAAGGAUUCUUUCUAAUGAUUCUAGUGGAGUUAUCUUUGUAAUGCUCUAGCAGAGUUAUCUUUCUAAUGCUUCUAGUGGAGUUAUCUUUGUAAUUAUGCUUCUAGUGGAGUUAAGGAUUCUUUGUACCUAGUUGUACGCUUGUCAUGAUUCUACUAUCGGACGAAAUCGUCGCCGUACCUUCUAAUCUUGGGCAUUGCCUCGCAGAGCUCCUCGUCCAAGAAAAAGUGCCCGAAUAACAAGGUGGCCAUCGACGCCAUUUCGGACAGGAAUACGAUUGAUAAGGCCCCUCCUUGA